CUAAAUAACAGUUUUCCGUCGUAUUGAAAGCGGCUCGGAGCUAUUAAUUCGUUAAAGUGUUUCUGGUCAAAAACUAAAGUGAAACCAUGUCUCUCGAAGAUUGUGAGUUAAAAUCCCUACUCGAUGCCGUUGAUGCGCAAAAUUUAGAUUUAAUGGAAUCCUUAUUAAAAAAAGGUACCGACCCAAAUGAGGUUUAUUAUACUUUUGACUGGACAGCUCUACAUUUUAUAUGUUCUGAACAUAAGUUGACGAAGAUCCAUUUGAAAAUGAUUCAAUUUCUUAUCCAGUAUGGUGCCGACGUAAAUAUACAAGAUGCAGACGGUAACAGUCCGAUGAUGAUUCUGUUUAAUAAGGAAUAUAAUGAAUCUAAUGGUAUGGGAUUACGCAUCGAGGCAUUGGAAUUACUACUGAAAAACGGAGCCGAUGUCACACUCGUCAACAACGAUGGUGAAACUAUAUUCAGAAAUAUUAUUCUUUAUAAUCCAGCAAAUCCAGACACUGCAGUGGCGCUUGAAGUGCUUUUGAAAAACGGCGCUAAUCCAAAUAUGGUUGAUGGCGAAGACAUGACAGCUCUGAAUUUUUUAUGCAGUCAACCUUGCUUUACAAGGGUCCACUUAAAAAUGAUUCAAAUUUUAAUUCAGUAUAAUGCCGACGUUAAUAUCCAAGAUCAAGACGGUCACAGUCCUAUAAUGAAUUUAUUUCGUGGGGCAAAAAAUUACAAAUUACGCUUAGAAGUUUUCAAGUUAUUACUUGAAAACGGAACCGAUGUCACACUUGUCGACCACCGGGGUGAUACAAUAUUACAUAUUAUCUUUUACUACAAUGCAGCAAAUAAUCCAUUCCUUCUAGAAGCAGUUGAACUGCUGUUAAAAAGUGGAAUAGACGUAAAUAUCAAAAAUGAUGACGGAUAUUCUGCAUUUCAUGAAGCGAAUAGUUACUUGAAACACCGAAAAGUAAUCGAACUACUUUUGAAAAAUGGUGCCGAUCCGAAUGGGAUGGUUGACAAUAGCAUGCCACCUACGGAUUUUUUAAGUUUUUAUUGGCAAUCGAAAAUGGGGUGAGCGUGAAUAUACAAAAUGAAGUCAUCAAGUUUUUAGGCACUGUGGACUUAGUAUCUGUAUAUAAAGUAGUUAUAAAUUAUAAAUUUUAAAUCCGAUACACGUAUUGAUGUAAUUGUUAUAUAAGUUAAUCGUUGUAAACGAGUAAAAUGAAAACAUUGAAUGGUUCAACAGUCUCUCAUGUGAAAUCGUUCAUACAUGUAGACGACAAGUCAUAAUUAAAAUUUACAUGAAUUAUUAAAAAAAAAAUCAUACUUUUGCAUGCAA